UAGCUUUCUCAGAGAACGCUGUUGAUAAUGUGAAGUUUUACAUCAACAUUGUGAAUCCAUCAAAUACAAAAAUACGUGUAAACAUAUCUGCCCCGCGCGUCUCUCCAUUUCCUAUUAGGCAAGAGCAAGUAGAACCGAAAAACGGCAUUGUCUUAGAAAUGAACACCGCAGACUUCGAAAUAGUGGGAACAGGGAAAACCGACAAAGGUAUCAUAAUUCAGUCAGAUUCUAGUGAGCUUAUUAUAACAGGACUAUCGUCUGCGUACAACAGCGGUGAUAUGUUCUUGGUUCGAGAUGCUACACAGAUUGGCACGGCGUAUGGUGUCCUUACACACUGUGAUAAGACUUAUGUUUGUCAGUUCGCUGUUAUAUCUCUGGAAAACGAUACCAUUAUUGUAAUAACUUUCCCUGGAUAUUAUUCUGCUUCAUUUACAUUUGAAGGAAUUAACUAUGGUCCUGGUGACGCCAUGACAAUAACUUUACAAGAAUCACAGACUUUCCAAAUCCAGUCAACGUCUGAUCUGAGUGGAGUAAAACUUUUGUCAACAAAUAAAAAGCGAUUUUCCGUUUUGUCUGGUAGCGCUUUAACUAAUGUAAAACCCAGUUUCGCCCGCGAUCACAUAGCCGAUAUAGUACCUCCUAUAACUGCAUGGGAGAAAGAGUACAUACUUGUCCGACGGAAUCUUGUGGAGUAUUUAUAUGAUCAGGUAAAAUUACUUGCUGGAGGUAGAGGUGCCAAUGUUUCAAUAAUAGGAUGUGGAUAUGUGGUUGACCAACGUAUCCUGGGAUACCAGACCUACAUUUAUAACAUGACGUGUGAACGUGUUCACUUCAUAUCCGACGAAGCGGUUCUCAUUGCUCACUUUCCUCUUGGCGUUAGACACGGUGAUCCAGCGAUGUUUUUUCCUACCCCACUUCAUUAUCAUGUAAGAGAAUAUAGUGUGUAUAUUCCACCAGGAUUCGAGAACUGUGCCUUAGCACUUGUCAUGGAGACAAUACAUAGCAAUUCAUUCAACUUAUCAAGAAUAUCAAGCUCCCACACUUUGUGGACAGAAAUAUCACAGUCUAAGUACUCGACCGCGUGGCUGAAUAACCUCAAUUCCGGUAUUGUGGAGAUAAGACACACGUCAUCAUUCGGGGGGCACCUGAUAUGCGAAAUGGAAUGGUCCAUGAUAGCGUUAACAAUCGGCAUCGGAAACUUACAUGAAACUCUAAGGAAACCACAGGAAUACUCAACAACUACCAUUGCUGGGAGUUCUACAACACGCGGUAAUUACAUUUACUUCCUUACCGAAUAGAACAGUUUUAUAAGAGGCAUUAUAUUUUCCGAUCGUUUUUGCGUAAAUAAGGUAUAUAGGAGUAUUAGUC